AUUCUGACACUAAUGCCAUGACCUCCACAGGCUCGUAUUUUCUCCAAGAGGUUUUGUUGCUCUGCUGUCAAUCGGCAAACAAAAUAACCAAUCAGGGGAUCAAUACAAUCAAAUCUCUGGAUUUGUCCUAUCACAAUUCUUCAUUAUUCAAACUGCAGUCUUGGACUUUAAAUCCUUUUUUUCUGGUAUCUAUUUAGGCUGUUAUUGAUUUCAUGGGGUGAUACGCAACGUCAUGGUUCAUCUCCCAGUCAGGAAUUCUAUACCCAUUCUUAGGUUUGGGAUAAAACGACUUUGAUAAGCUUUUAAAGUUUCAAAAAGUUUUGGAAGUUCUGCGAUGAGGCACUUUUCGUGGAUUAAGUAAAACAUGUGUAAAAACUCCUCGUGGUGCGGCACUGUCCCUGUGUUCAUGCACUGAUCAAAUGAUACAGGUGUACAUAUUGAUACUGAGAAUUAGAAUGGGGAUCAGAUAAACGACUAGUAGCCGGUGCUUGUAUUAUGAAUCAAUAUGGAUGCAAAAACACUUUCAUAUCACAACAAAGUCCAGGACUGGACCCAGAUGUAUAUGCUUGCAGCAGACGGUCAGGUUUACAAAAAUUCCAAAAUUGUGACCUAUCUACCACCUCAGAAACUUCAUCAGAUUGAAAACUGGAGGAAAAAUGUUCGAAACAACUUGCGGCCAAAGUCCUCACAGUUUCCAAGACUAAACACACCUCGAGCAAACAACCGUGCUAAGUCUGCUACCGUGGGAAAACCAUCCCAGUAUGUGAACGAUCGCAAGCGGAUCUGGAGUGCCAGUUCUGGCCACCAACAACACUUCCUGUACAGCGACACCAAUCUGAACGAUGUGACCCACCACUUAGCUGAAACAUCGCUUCACUACUCUGGCGAACGAUCCUUCUAUCAAAGAAACUUAUUAGGGAAACAGUUAUUGAAAAUCAAUACAAAACAGGUACAGCUAAUCGACAGUGAGAAUGGGGCUACUGAGGCGUUUGAUAAAAUUGAUAAAACUUCCAAAGCCAGCAAUGGUCUGAACAGUGAAGGAGAGGCAGACCAUACCAGUGAUAAUAUUGAGGCUGUGUCGGAUGAAGUUGAAUCCGAGUCUCUGAGCAGCAUAUCCAGGAUGGAAGGCCGUGGGACACUCAUCCAUGUCAAUGAUCACGAUAUGAUUCAGGUGAGGUCUCAAUCCAACCAACUUCUCAAUGUGAUAUCCAUUGAUGACUGUAAGAUGUCCAGUCCAAACAUCUACCAAACUGCCAAAUUAAAAGUGGAGAAGAAAAAGGCCCUGUAUCAAGAUAUUCCAGAAGAAGGAUCUUUAACUGAAAGUGAUGUGCCAAAAUCCCAGUGUUCUAAAGACCAUGAAACCUAUUUUCAUUCACAACGCUCAACCAAAUCCGUUUUGGAGAGUCGAAACCAAAUUCAGACUCGCAACGCCAAAAUUUCAAGAGCCAUAGACGAAAUGGUUCAUGAAAGGAAAGUGAUGAAUAACUUGGACAGGAAUUUUGAUGCUCGGAUAGAGGCCACAGGAACUGGGGGCAGAAUAAUUCUCGACCGUGGUGAGGGAGGUACAACAUUCAGAAGACUUAAUAAUGCCCUCAAACGACAUGUGAAUUCAGUAUUAGCUCACCAAGCUUACAAGCAACUCAAUCACUGGACUCAAGAUGGUCACAGUAUUCAAGAUUUGAGCUCACACAAUGGUAGUGAACUCAACAUAGACAAAGUUGGGAAAUCUCAAAAGAGCUCAAAGUCUCAAAGUAUGGAGUCUAUUGAAAAUCGGUGAACAUGGGCUUCCAUUUCAACAGUAUUAAAAAUUGAUUUUUUUCUGUAUUUGUUAAAUUGUUGCUUUGUUUAGAGUUUAUUUAUGCUGUACUAUGUACCUAUUUUUCAUUAUAAGUUUUGAAGUCAUUGUUAACUAAUAUUCAGAGUUAUUGUGGUGCAUUGAAUAUUAAAUUAGAACAAACUACCUAGUCUUUCAAAGUAGAGUUUGUGAGAACAUUUGAUUUCAAUAAAUGGAAAUGAACUAUUA